AUGUUCUUGCUUGUCAGUUGUUUUGCCUUUGUGGCCUCUGCACUGGGGUGUGGAAUACCUGCUAUCAAGCCCCAAGUGAGCGGACACAACAAGAUUGUAAAUGGACAGACCGCUGUGUCUGGGUCCUGGCCCUGGCAAGUUUCACUUCAGGAUGGCAGGGGAUUCCACUUCUGUGGCGGAUCCCUGAUCAACCAGUACUGGGUUGUUACUGCUGCUCACUGUCGUGUGUCUCCUCGAAGCCACCGUGUAAUCCUGGGUGAACAUGAUCGUCAGUACAACAGUGAGCCCAUUCAGGUCAAGACCAUUUCCAGGGCCAUCACUCACCCCUACUACAACUCCCAGAACUUCAACAAUGAUAUCACCCUUCUGAAGUUGUCUUCCCCAGUACAGAUGACAUCCCGUGUGUCUCCUGUGUGCCUGGCCUCCUCUAGCACCAGCAUCCCGUCUGGAACCACAUGUGUCACCACUGGGUGGGGCAAGACCGGCCAAACCUCAAGCCCCCGCUACCUCCAGCAGACUGCCCUGCCUCUGCUCAGCCCUGCUCAGUGCAAGCAGUACUGGGGUUAUAACAGAAUCACUGAUGCCAUGAUCUGUGCUGGUGCUUCUGGAGUCUCCUCUUGUCAGGGAGACUCUGGUGGCCCUCUGGUCUGUGAGAAUAGUGGAGUGUGGUCUCUUGUGGGCAUUGUGUCCUGGGGCACCUCUAACUGCAACGUGCGUGCCCCUGCCGUGUAUGCCCGUGUAUCCUACCUGCGGAGAUGGAUCGACCAGACUGUUGCUUCCAACUAACGUGCCAAGUACAUACAUGUAUCUCCACACUUCAUCAUCCUACACCUCAGUGAGCAGGAUGUGUGGGUUGAAGGGGGAACAGGUUGAAUGUAGCAUUAAUACCAACAGUCACAAUAAUGUUAGACUACUAAUUCUAGCAGCAAUUGAUUGGUUGAUUGGUAGCAGCUACUCACUGUGCUGC